CCCUGACUCCCUGUUAUCAUUGAUCAGUCAAUCAACCUCCCUCCACUCCCGUCUCGACUACCUACCUACGUGAGCGAGCCACGAGAUGCUCCAUAGUAUUCGUCUCCCCUAACUAAUUGAUUUGUUCCUGACCUUAUCAAUAUCCGAAAUAUUCCUUUAUUCCUUAUCCUACCUUACCUUAGCCACGUGUGCUACGUUGGGUACUCUUCUUACAUCAGGAGUUUCCUAUCUCUCUCUUUCCGUCCUCCCCCAUUAUCAUCCAGCAAUUGGGUCACCAUCAUCCUCACUGGUCAAAUGUUAACUUUAUCUUCAUAGAAGCGCGUCCCCUCAUCUUCAAACUACCUUAGAUCAUACUCAGUCACUCGACUAUCAUUUAAUUAGCCUUAUUUAUUUUGUUUUUGUCGUCAAGAUGCAUCAAGACCAGCAACAAAGCCUUUUUCAGGCCCGUAUUAUCGCCAGCAUUGCAGCUACUAUCUUAUCCCUGGCUUGUGGUACCAAUUAUGUCUACUCAGCUUGGGCUCCGCAAUUCGCAGAACGACUCAAGCUGUCGUCUACAGAGAGUAACCUGAUCGGCCUGGCUGGCAACCUGGGAAUGUACACCUUGGGAAUGCCCAUCGGCAUAUUCGUUGACCAUCGUGGUCCUCGACCUGCUGUUCUUGGUGGGGCUAUAUUUAUGCUCUUUGGCUACUUUCCACUACAUCAAGCCUACCAUCGUGGAUCAGGAUCAGUCAUGUUGAUGUGUCUCUUCUCUUAUAUGACCGGCUUAGGUGGUUGUAUGGCAUUCGCUGCUGCUGUCAAGACGUCUGCUCUCAACUGGCCCAACCAUCGGGGAACCGCCACAGCCUUUCCUCUGGCCGCCUUUGGUCUAAGCGCCUUCUUUUUCUCCUUCAUUGGCGCAGUCUUCUUCCCUGGAGACCCCAGUGCUUUCCUUGAGCUUCUCGCUUGGGGCACAUUUGGCCUUACUUUUGGCAGCUUCUUCUUCCUCAAGGUCCAUCACGAACAAGCUGAGUACGAGGCUGUACCUGCUUCGGACGAAACCCCAAGUAUUCCUUCUACCGACCCCCAGCAACUCCGAGCAGGCUCUUCCGACGAACCAAAGCCCUACCGCUCGUCUCGAGCGGAGGACGAACCCGGUAUGUUGACUAAUUCCAGUAGUAAUAGCACCUACACCAGCACCAGCACCAACACCAACACAAUUACGAGCUCCCACGCACCCGCUGUAGCAUCCUCAUCAACCGCCCCCGCCGACGCCCCAGAUCGGACGGGCUCUCAUGGAAUAUCAUUUGCGCCUGAAUUUGGCCUUGUGGUCGCCCCCGAGAAUCCCGAAGACCUCGAGGUUGGCGAGACGUCCCCCCUGAUAUCUCGACCUGGACAGCCCCCUCUUGAAAACAGUGAUAUUAAUAGCGGUGGACCUCAUCAUGUAGACAUCCGGGGUCUUGCUCUCGUGCGCAGUGUCAGUUUUUGGCACCUUUUUGUCAUCAUGGCUAUUUUGGCUGGUGUUGGUCUCAUGACCAUCAACAACAUCGGCAACGACGCCAAGGCUCUUUGGAAACAAUAUGACAAAAAUGUCACUGACGAAUUUCUCGUUCAUCGGCAACAAAUGCAUGUAUCGACUCUUUCUAUUUGCAGUUUCUUGGGUAGACUAUUGAGUGGCGUGGGUUCGGACUUUUUGGUGAACAAGCUUCACGCCAGCAGGCUCUGGUGUCUUGUCGUCGCUUGCGCAGUCUUCAUCUUCGCUCAAGUGUGUGCAUUGAAUAUUGAGAACCCACAACUCCUCGGGCUGGUUUCGGGUCCAUCAGGACUCGCCUAUGGCUUCCUAUUCGGCGUAUCUCCUUCUCUUGUCGCCGAAAUGUUUGGCGUUCGGGGAUUAAGCCAAAACUGGGGCUUUUUGACCAUGGCUCCCGUCAUUUCGUCCAACAUUUUUAAUAUCUUUUAUGGCAAAAUCUAUGACCAGCAUAGUGUUGUUGGACCAGACGGUGAGCGUUUCUGCUCAGUUGGACUCGAAUGCUAUCGCUCAGCUUACUGGGUUACCCUCAUCUCCUGCUGCGCGGGAACGGGUAUCACUCUUUGGGCGAUCCGUCACCGACAUAAUAAAUAUCUCAGAGCAAUGGAUAAGGGCGACGAAGAGGAUUAGGAGUGCUCAAUUGUGGUACAUGCUGAAGUUCGUGUCUUUUGCCUCAUCCUGGCGGCAUUCCACUAGAUGGUACCUGGAGCUUCAACGGCGUUUAGGAAGGAAUUCUCCCGAACGUAGGAUUACAAUCGGGACAUCAGACGAGAAGAUAGACUGGCGUUUCACUUUCACAAUUAGGCAAUAACAUGAAGAUCAUCAUGGACAAAGUCUCAUUGGAGAUU